AGUGAUGGUAGCUUGUGUGGUUUAUAGUUAUGAAUAGACGAUGUGGCAGGUGUGUUUCAUUGUCAAUGUUCAAGCACUCGAUAAUCACGCCAGACCAUCUGCUACUUUUUCAUUCCAGCGUUUGAACAAUUAAUCUUCAAUGCAAAACUUGCAAUUUGAUAUCAGUAGUUUGGAGGAAGAGAUGCAGCAGCUCCAUGUUAUGAUGGUUCCUUGGCUUUCAUACAGCCACAUCAGAGCCUUCUUAGAGUUCGCCAAGAUAUUGGGUGCUCACGGUCUCGAAAUUUCCUUCCUCUCCACUCCACUCAAUAACAGAUGGAUUCGGCAGCAGAUAUCGCAGCUACACCCCAUACCAGAAAUCGAUCUGCUGCAGCUUCCACUGCCCUCCGUAGAAGGGCUGCCCGCAGGUGUCGAAUCAACUGCAGAUUUGAAGCGAGGAGGAACAUUUGAGCUACUUAUUAAAGCAAUGGACGAGUGGGAGAAACCAUUCGAAGCCCUAUUGGCAAGGAUUUCACCGGAUUUUGUAAUCCACGAUAUGACGCAGUACUGGGCUUCUCGCAUCGCAGCCAAACUGGGCAUUCCCACCAUAUUUUUCGCCAACACGUCUGCCGUCAGUUCAGGCUUCCUUCUAGGCUAUGAAGCCGUCAUUGCAGAGGAAAGCACAAUAGUCCCAGAUCUUACAGUGCCGCCGCCCGGUUUCCCCUCGGCUCACAUCCGCCAUUCACAGUUUCAAGGCCAGAAGAAUCUGCAUGUACUCCAAAAGAAGGAAGGGCAAAUUAACAUGGCAGAGCGAUGGAACAUGUGUUUUAACGGUAGCUGGGUGAUAGCCUUCAAUACGUGUAUAGAAUUAGAAGCCAAAUACUUGGAAUAUUUGCAAAGAACCAGCGGCAGGCCCGUGCUUCCUGUGGGGAUUCAGAUGCCCGAUCUAACGCUGCCACCAGCAGAUGACCGUUGCUUGGCAUGGCUGGAUGUGCAGAAACCCUAUUCGGUGGUGGUGGUCUCCCUUGGUAGCGAAUGUAUUCUUACUCCGAAAGACCUGGCUGCCUUGGCGUUGGGCUUAGAAGAGAGUGAGCUUCCAUUUCUCUUUGUUCUUCUCCACCAGAUGGCUGCUGCGUUGCCUCGCGGGUUUGUGGGGCGCACAAAAGGGAGAGGACUUUUGGUGACUGAGUGGGCGCCUCAGUUGCACAUUCUGGCCCAUUCUUCUGCGGGAGGGUUCCUCACUCAUUGCGGGUGGAGUUUAGUGAGUGAAGGAUUGAGGUUUGGAGUGCCCAUUGUGACUCUUCCAAUGCAGUACGAACAGGGCUUAAAUGCCAAGCUCAUAGCCCAGGAACUCAAGUUGGGGGUGGAGGUCAGGAGAAAUGAGGAGGAUGAUUCCUUUUCCAAGGAAGACAUCUGUAAAGCUGUUUGGACAUUAAUCGUGGAAGAGGAAGGCAGAUAUAUUAGAUCUCGCAUUCAAGAAAUUAAUGCAAUCUUGACGAGGCACGACUGCCAGAUCCAUCGAUCAAACAUCCACAACUUUGUUUCUCUAAUCAAAGAGAAAGCAGGCUCUCUAAUGUGAUCAAAUAGUUAAUAGUCGGUUAUGUUAAGGUUCAGGUCUAUUUGGCUUUUGAUUAUAUUUAUUAAUCAGUACCGUUAUUAAUGUUUUGUGUUCUCGAAUAUUCUACAUUGUAUCAAAAAGGUUGUUUGUUC